UGUGGAUGCUCUUGCUCGUGUUGCAGCCCCAGCACUGCGGUUUCCCAUCCAGAUUCUUCCUCUCUGUACCUGUGGUGCCGGGCUCGGAGGGAGCGCGCCCGUCCCGUGGGGCAGGACACUCAUGGGACCGUACGGGAUGGAUCGAACCAUGCAUUGCUUUGACUUCUACGACUGUGCCAACGGGCUGGGUAUUAAGGUGAUCGGCGGCAUCAAGGAGCUCACCGGGGAAGAAUACGGAGUCUAUGUCAAGAGGAUCCUGCCAGGGGGUGUUGCUUAUGCUGACGGGCGCCUGCAGCCAGGAGACCAGAUCCUGGAGGUCAAUGGAGAUUCCCUAAUUGGGGUUACCAGCGAGAGGGCUGUGGACAUCCUGCGGACGGCGUCGGCCACCAGCCACAUGCGCCUUCUUAUAGCCCGUGAUGACGAUGCCAGGAGAGAGUUCUCAGAGCUGCUGGAGAAGUUUGGCUCCCAGAGCAACACCGGCUCUGCACGGAGCUCACCAGUCCUGCAUGGCAGCAGUCGAUACCUGGAAAGCACAUCCUCAGGCUCCUCCUCGCGCUCCCAGAGCCCGCUGCUGCUGAGCCCAGCCAGCUCCCAUGGCCCCUUCAUCGGCAACCCAGCGCACACGCCCCACACGCACUACUCCACUGAAUCAGGAAUCCAGAGCAUUUCUAUAGCAAAGUCCUCUGGCUUAGGACUGACAAUCAGUGGUGGAUCCAACAGACCUGAUGGUCCCAUGGUUUACAUUCAAGAGCUUAUGCCAGAUGGUGACUGUUACAAGGAUGGCCGGCUCCGACCUGGUGACCAACUAAUUGCUAUCAAUAGAGAUUCCCUGGUGGGCAGCACACUUGAAGAGGCCAGAAAAAUCAUUACAAAAGCCAAAUUCAGACACGAGGGAAACACAGAAGUGGCCUUUAUUCCUGGACGGGGACGGUUACAUCCCGGACUGUCAGUUCAUAACAACAUCCCGUCACCACCGCCAAAGGCUGUGGGAAAUGGUCUGAGUUCCUGCAGACUGAAGGUCCACGUGAGGUCCCCAGAGGUAGGCUGA